UAAGCAAACGAAGUUGUUCCCCUAUCGACGCGCCAUCCCCAACGCAUAUAUCCAGUCCUUCGCUCGAUAACCAUGUCCAACGCGUCUGAUUCAGUUGUUCCGCAAGGCUCUGCGCACACCACCAGCUUUGACCCCGAUGUCAUCGCCGACCGAGGUUACAUGACGACUGAGGAGACUCAUUAUAUGGUAAACGCCAUAGCAGAAGCUUCAAGACGCGUCAACGUGAACCGCGCCGACGUGAACAGCUUGCAUGUUGCAGCUGGGCGGAACGCUGGCGAUGGAGAUAUCGAGGACCCAGACUCGGACUCAGACUCAGACUCGUCUGGUGAUGAAGAUGAAAUCCCCUAUCACGCCGCUCGUAUUUUAAUGGCCAGGUCUGGGGUUCCGCCCUCCCGGGUCGAAGCUAAUAUAGAGUUUCUCCGCCUUUUUACUUCUCUGCCCCCGUCCGAACGAGAUGUGAUACGUGCGAAGCUUGCAGCGGAUGUUGAGGCCGACGAGUCUUCAACUUCGCGUUCUACCCCACACUCCACUGCAGAUGCAGACCUCGUCUUUCGUGAUGAAAACACCAAACUCGUAUCACUAGAGGACUAUCACGAUAUUCCUCGCGCCGUCAUUAACCUCGCCAAGUCGAAAACCCAUGUUCCGCUCAUCCUCUUGACGUUUGAUUCUAUGGAGAGAAUCCAUGCGGGGGAUGACAUUUCCAGUUUUCCGCCAGAAGACACGCUCUCUUUGGUCGAGUUCCACCAGGCGUCUUUCAAUUUCAUUAAACUCAUGUCUCUAGUCGCAGAACCCGCCAUCGUAGAGCGGUUCAAGCAACACAGAAGCUUCUGCUUGUCGCACAUGAUGGAAAGAUACCGAACGGUCCUCGCAUUUGACAUGGAAACGAGACGUAUAUUCUUCAACACGGAAUCUUUCCUCGCACAGGAUGCUUAUUUACGUCGCUGGCACGCGAUGGAUAUGGAUAUGAUGAAUUUGGAAGUUCGCGAAGCUGUAGAAGAGAGGGCAGCUGCUGUAGAAGAAGCCGCCAAGUCUGGGCACUCCCAUGGCCACAGGUUCCAUCCAUACAGCAAGUCUGAUGGGAACGGGUGCCUUUGCCUUAUCUGUGGACGGACAGGACACAAAGCUAGCGGAUGCACGAAUGCGUAUACUGUCCACGGCGAUGCGGUGGUGUGCGAGUGGGACGGGACACUGGUUCUGAAAUCGACUUCGGAAGUGGUUUGUAUUUCGUUCAAUAUUGGAAGAUGCGCAAAGGAUCACGAACGGGUUCAUGUUUGCUCGAUUUGUGGGUGCGAAAGCCAUGAUGCGAAGUUGUGCUGUUAAGAUGGUGUUCCUUGGCAGGCGGAUCUGGGAGUCCCUGAUUGGAAAAUUUAGCUGGCAGUGCUAAAUGAGGAGUUGAUGAGUCGACGAGGGGGGACAUUCAACUUCAUUGUACUAGGUAUCCGUUUCUUGGGGUCGAACCCUGUCGAACCUUGUCGAACGUGUGCGGAGUGACGGUUGUCCGCUAAAUCAUGAUAUUAUAGUUGAAAUUUGGAGGAUGUAUGGUCGUGUGAGGUUACGGAGGCAGAUGCGGCAGGCUGAUGGCGCAGUUGAUGACGGGAUAUCUCAUUGGCUGAUAAAGAAAUAAUAUGACGUCGAUUAGCGGUUACCGUUGGUUGCCCAAUGUCGGCUAUGCACCAACGGGGCUAUAUCAUAAAGUAGCAGCAUAUUCCAUCUAAUUGCUAAACCAAA